GCAACAGCCUCUGGAGAAGAUAGGAACCUGACAAGUUCAGACCCCUUCCCUCUUGGAUUACGUUAUAUCGCGUGAUUGGUGGUGUCCUGGUUAAAAACGUGCUUUACAUAUAUCACUGACCAUCUUGGUCCUGUUAUCAAGUGUUCUCAGGAAAGCAUUACAGACAGCAAAUGAUGUAAAAUACAGACCUUCUCUUCGGCACGGGUGGUCGACUAGGUAACAGCUGGUAGUACACAUAAAUCGAACCGAAAGACUUUGUGAUGUGGUGAUUACGGGACAAUCGCGUAAUGGAGUGGUUGGCGAAGAAGGUGGUAGCAGGUCUUGUCAAUCGAUUCUUUGGUCAAUAUCUUGAAGAUCUCAACACCCAGGAAGUUAACGAUGCUCUCCUCUCGGGACAAGUCAACCUCACAAACCUCAAGAUCAGACACGAUGCCCUGUCUUUCCUGGACAUAUACUAUGGAAAUCCGCUGCCUAUUGAGGUCAAGAAAGGCAUUAUCGGCAGAGUAUCCAUUACCAUACCUUACAGCAGCUUCUUCACACAGCCUGUGGUUAUCAAUAUUGAGGAUGUAUUCAUUCUUGCUACUCCUGUUGUUACAUACAACGAGGAGAGGGAGCGGGAUCUGGAGCGGGCACGGAAGAGGCAAAUGCUGGCUUAUCUCUUCCCCGACCCGAUGCCAUUAGACAGUGCUCAUGACACAUCAACUCUCUGGGGUUUGCUCUAUAACAGAAUAUGGAACAACCUGGAGCUUCAUAUCAAUAAUGUUCAUAUCCGCUAUGAAGAUGCCCAUUCGUGCUCCAGGCCAUUAGUGAUUGGAUUUUGCCUUCAAAGUUUAUCUGCCGAUACUACCAAUCAUAAAUGGAAGAAGGCUCAGGUUGAUGGUAAUGCCAUGACGAUCAAUAAGGUUAUUGAUUUUGUAUCUGCCUCAUUUUAUGUGAACCCCGGGAGUGAUCGUCAGCGACUGGUGAAGCCUCAUAUUACUACAGAACUCUGGCACCAGUACCUGGAACAAGGGCUCAACACCUUUUCUAUAAAUGAUGAACCUUUUCAGUUUGUUUUACAACCCGUAAGAUGUAAAGUAAAAAUGAGGCAGCAAAUGAAGCGAGAAGCGAGAGUUCCAGGGCUUCUGGUGGAUGCAGUAAUAAAGGAUGCUGCUUUAACCUUUACUCGUCAACAGUAUUUGGCACUUACAGAGUUGUCUGAGGCUUUCAUAACAAUAAACAUAAGCAGACGUUUCUUGAAAUAUCGGCCAGAGGUCCCUCUGAAGCGUCAUGCAGUGGAAUGGUGGCAAUAUGCCAUUAAUGCUGUCAUUCAGGAACAAGUUCGUCCUUACUCGUGGGAUAAUAUAAAGAAACACAGGUCAACAUAUAACGAAUAUGUAACGGUUUUCAAAAACCAUUUGUUGGAGGGCCAUAUGGGUGAAGAAGAAGCUGAUCUACUCAAACUGGAAGAUGCACUCAACCUCACUAACAUGGUCCUUGGUCGGAUGCAUGCCAAGAUAUUAAUAUCUCAAGAUGAGCCAGGGCGCAUUCUUCCUGUUAAGUCGGCUAAUGAAGGCUGGUUCUCGUGGUUGUGGAGCAGUCACUCGGAAAUUGAGGAUGGGGUAGGUGUGAUGGACGUUGUGGGGAACCAGAGAAAGAACGGCGUGUUUGCAAGCCUGACAGAAGAUGAGAAGCGGCAACUUCAUUCAGCUCUUGUGCAACUUGAAUCACCAGGAGAAAACGAUAUCCACAAAGAUGACAUUGAUCACAAAGUAUACCUCUCUCUGCAAAAUGUGAGCUUAACUCUUAAAGAUGAAGUACAUGACAUUGCCUUAGCCUCUUUAUCCGGAUUUGUCAUGAGUGCUGAAAAUCGAUACGGGAUUAGAUACCAGAAGCUGUCUGCCAAAACGGAGUCUUUCAACUUGGAGGCUUCUAAUAUGGAACAAGAGCUAGUCUACGUCUUAAAACUAGUGGAUAAUACUCCCUCUGCCGGUUAUGGUAUUGCUUUUUCGGUCGAUCUUGAGAGUAAUCCUUUGAAUGUAACAUCUGAUUAUGCUCUGACAUUAAAGUUAGACCCUCUUGAAAUAAUGUACAAUCAACAUGCAUGUGGAGAGAUUGUGUCCUUCUUCCAAAUACCUCAGAGGGAAUAUAGGUCCUUAGAAAACGUUGCAAAGGAUGCACUAAAGGAUGUUGUUCACAAUGGAAGAGCAGCACUGGAAUAUGCAAUUGCAAGGCAUAAAACAGUUAAUCUUGAUAUUGAUAUCAAGAGUCCUUACAUUGUGUUGCCAGAGCAUGGGUCAAUACAGAAAGGUGGUAAUGUGUUAGUAUUUGAUAUAGGUGGUUUAAAGGUGACAAGUGAAAUUGGGGGUCAAACAAUAGAUCUUGAAGAGGCUACAAGAAUGGAACUGGAAGAAAGAUUAUAUGAUCGACUGACAAUCACAAUAUCGCAGCUUCAGGUGCUCUUUGCUGAUUCUGGAGAUGAAUGGAGAGUCCACAGAGUUAGAGAUGAUUCUGAUUCUCAUCUGCUUCCAAGAGUUAGAGUCAAGAUAGAUCUUGCCAAUAGUAUACAUCCUGAGUAUAGACAACAACCUAGGCAAAAAAUGGAUAUUCACAUAACACCUUUAAAGCUUAACUUGUCUGACAGUAGACUUAGUCACUUAGUGGAAUUUGCCCAUCAUUUGCCAACUCUACAAAUGGGCAUGUUUAUUCCUGAUAGUAUGGAUAACAUGUACAGAGCAAAUUGCAAAAUUGAUCUACACAACUGUUUGCUAGAUUCCACCGUGUCUGAAUUGUGCGGCAUGAGGGACUGCCUCCUUGAUAGGCUAAGAGAAUUAAAGUUAGUUCCUGAUUCUGCAGAUGACCACUCAACUCCUCCCUUGCUCAGACAUGUUCGCCCACUUUCAUCUGCUGAUACAAUAUCACAAACAAGCUUAGAACUUGAAAAAUACUUCUCAGCUUCAGAUAAUAGCGAUGAUGAAGGAGAAGGCUGGAGCAAGCCAAUGGAUCUACCUGGAUUUGAAGAUAAUACCUCCCCACAGAAUAUGAUAACCGUUUUAUCACGUUUUUGCAUUGAUGAAAUAGUUAUUGGCAUAUCACGUUCUAGUGACCAUGGAGAUAGACCUUAUUUGAUGGUUAGAGCUACUCAUUUAGUUGUUGAAUCAGCCAUGAUGGAUUAUGGACCAGCAGUUCAGGUUACUCUUAGCUCAGUUCAUUUUGUUGAUAAAUAUCAUCAUAGCCCUACAGGAGAAUAUCUAGAACUAAUAUCUUCACCACAGAAAGGAAAUAUUGCCACAGUAUUAUAUCGCAAAGUUCGUGCCAACUGUCCGGAUUUUAAGACUCAUUUUCAUUCUUGUGAACAAAGUCUUGUCUUUGACUUUGCAACCUUAAAUGUUGUGUGGCAUAGAGGUUCCAUCAUAACACUCACUAAUUUCAUGACAAUGCUUGUAGCAAAGCUAGGCCACAUAGAAAAUCACUUCUCAAAGGUUAGGGUUCCAAAUAGUUUAAUAGAAUGGUUAAACUCAGGCAUUGAAGAUCCACCAGUUCCUUCGGGAGCAACAAAGUGGUCUUUUGCAGCACAUUUCAAUUCACUUAAUUUAAAACUCUGUGAUAAUGAAUUGGAUUUUUUGCAAGCUAAGGUUGGAGGUUUGCAAGGAGAAUGCGUUUUCAAAGCAAAUGAGAAAAAAGUCCUUCGAAUCUGUCUCUCUGAUUUGAUUGUUGAUGAUAUGUCAGAUAUUACUCUCCACUCAAGAAUAGUUGAAAUUGAAGAAGACCGCGUAUUUGACAUUAAGUUAGUUCACUUUAGUCCUGGUCAUAAAGGAGUAGAAGAAAUUGAUACCUCGCCUCAUGCAGUAAACCCAGAUGCUUCUUUAAGAAUAAGAGUUGGACGCAUCCAGUGUGUAUUCCUAUGUAAGUUUUUAGCAGAUCUUCAGAGGUUUAUGGAGCCACUUAUGAACAGAGAGGGAACUCAGGCUGUCCUCAAGCAUGCCGAGAAAACUACAGAAGCAACAAUUGGGGAACUUUUAUCAGGAAGAAAACUUAGUCUUAGUGUUGAUAUUCAUGCUCCAACUAUUCUUGUACCUCAGAAAUCAGAUUCUCCUAGUUUACUAGUGCUUAAUCUAGGGGAUUUAAAAAUUGACAAUUUGUUCAAAGCAGCUCCUUGCGGUGGAGGGGGAGCUAUAGAAAAUGUUCUGAUAGAAUUAGGCCCUGUUCAUGUGUGUCGUGCUGUAAUGACUUUAGGAGGUGGACUAGAAAUGCAGGAAGAUAUACUUGAACCUGCCACACUGAGAGCAGAUGUCAAACGUUCCUUAAUUCCGCAGUGUCGAGACCUUCUGUCAUGGGAUAUUAGUGUUCACAUGGGAGCCUUAUGUAUUAACCUUGGACAACGUGAUCUAAAUACCAUAUUGGCUGUGUUAACUCAGAACAAAGCAGAAGCUCAAUUUUCAGAUCCAAAUAUCCAUUCUCAGCCUUUAACUCCCAUCGAUUUAGGAACCCCUGUUGCAGGAAGUGAUGACAAUAUGGGUAAAUUGCAAGCCUUUUUGACUCAUUCAAUUGACAUUUAUAGAAUUGCAGAUGCACUUGUAUCUUUAGAUGGACUCACAGUUACUUUAUAUACAGAUAUGGACGAAGUUCUUAGUUCACCUGUCCGUGAUGCCGCAAGUGCUUUGUGUCGAUUGGAGGUUGGAGAAAUUGAAGUUCAUGGAGAUAUGAACAGUGAUCAUAGUCUAGAUAUGCGAUUAACUCUCCACUCUUGUGAUUUAUUUGAUGUAAGAGCAGAUAAUAAUCAUAUAAUUAAGAAAAUAUUUGGUCACUAUAACAGUGAAACUCGAAUGACUUUCGGCAAAUUUAGUGUUAGUGUUCCUCCUAUGAUGGAUAUCAUGUACAAAGUUAGCCCAAGUGGAGAUGCUGCUAUUGAGGUAAGUGUGGAAAGAACUAGACUUAAUGUGUCAGUAGGCUUUGCCUUAGCUUUAUAUAAAUAUGUUAAUGAUGCUAUUCCAAGCACAGCAAGUACUAGUGGUGGAAUUUUGAAUCCAGGUUUUGUUGGAGACUUAGGAACAACUGUUGAUGGUGUGCGAAUUAUACGCCGACCCCCAAGUUCCGUUGACAGCACAAGUGGGUACCUUUCUACUGUAACAAGCAACACAGAUGAUCAAAAAACUUUGUCUAUAUCUGUCAAAGUAAAAAGACCGGAAGUUGUUCUCUUUGCUGAUCCUGAAGAACAUGUCAGUCGAGUAAUAGUAGUGAGGUGUGAAAUUCAUUUAGACUAUUCACGGCAUCCUGGGAAUGAAAGCUUUCAUGUAUCCCUUGAUGGGUUCCAAGUAUUUGCUUCAAUGUAUUCACAUCAUGGCCAAAGUCCUUAUGCUGUGAUGGAGUCAUUUGAUGUUGAAGGAUUGUGGGUCUUUCGCAGUGUAGAGGAGGGAGUCAGGGCAGAGAUUAAAAUGUCACUUGUACAAAUGCAUUUGAAUCCUCCUGUAGUUCAUCUUUUGAUGGAUGUAGCUGAAGAAUUAAGCUUAAGUUUGCACCCACAGAUGAUGCCUUUCAAGUUACAGCUUCCAUCAGCUGAUAUGGAAGACCUUUGGUCACCAAAACCUCUAACUGCUACUAUAUCUCCUACACACCCAGAUGAAGAAUUAUACAUCAAACCGGAUUACCCAUCAACCAAGCCCCAGCAGAAAUUAGCUGUUAAAUUACCAAUGAUAUCAGUGUCAUUUGAAAAACAGUCCCUCAAGUCUGCAGUACCUGUUCUUCUAAUGAAAGUUGCUCUCACUGGUGAGAUUAAUGACUGGUCUAAGUUAAUGUAUACAAAAGCUGAUGUUCAACUUCAGCUGUCAUGCUACAAUGAAGAGUUUGCCUCUUGGGAGCCAGUAAUUGAACCUAUCACUGAAAAGAAUCAGACACAAAGACCUUGGGAAGCUCUUGUACGCACAGUGCAGAAUCAAGCACAACCCAUUGGUAUCAAGCGUAAUCACCCCAGUCCUCGUUACGACUCCAUUGACAGCAAUUCCACAAACAAUAGGAGUAGUUACAUAAGUUGCACAGUUGAUGAUGACUCUGACUCCUCAACCGAUGAAGAAUAUCAAGAUAAUGAAAUGGUCGUUCUCAAGCCUCAUGCAACAUCUAAAAUGAAGAGAUCCAAUACCAAGAGGUCAACAGGGGAUCUUGCAGGUUACCCAUUGGAUUCCGAUUCUGAAACUGAGGAUGGCCUCCUUCACAAAAUCUCGAGUGCGUUUUCACACAUGUUCUCCAGUGACUCCGAGGGCUCAGAAGAUGCAAAUAGCAGUGACGAGGAGGCAAAACACAGAGUUAAGAAGGGAGAUUGUCCAGAGCCAAAGUCAGGAGAGUCAUCAGGGGAUGGACCUGAGUCACAAGAAGAUGUUGAUGGCGGGGUUUUUGGUCCUCCCAGAAUAGUGCCAGAUAGUGUUGACCAGGACUCUGAAGAUGCAGAAACGGGAGAACUUUCAACAUGUAUUUUUGUUGAUUCAAGAGAUAGCCUGGAGUUCUCCAUUACACCUCGCAUCAUGAUGUCUGUGUAUAAUCUUGUAUCCCACUACUUAAAUAAGCCACCAGAUCCUCAGCCAAUUGUAACAUCAGCUGGACCCUGCAUUAGGGAAUUAACAGUUGUCAAUGAGAUUGGUCCCAACUCUAAAGUUACUGUCAUGACUCAGAUAGAGGAGAAUGGUGUAUCUAAGCUAGAAGCUCUUGCCUCAUCCAAGUACCAAGAACCUGAUUCCUUACCUUCCAGCCCUGCUUCUGGAAAGAGCAGAAGUCGUGAAGGUUCUGUUUCAGAUGAUGACUCUUGUACUGAUGGAAUUGGAGAUUGGGACCAUUUAAGCUUAAAUUCAUGUCCGGGGAUUCGUUCGGAAACAACCAGAGAGGUUCAAGCAGUUGAGGAGAAUUUUGAUCAACUUUGUCCUAACCCAGUUAAAUUAUACCAAGAUAUAAUUAAGCACCGGGUGCAGAUUAAUGUUCCUGGAUUUGAUGAGCUUACUGUUUUUGUCGGGAAUCGAUCCCGUAGUCGUGUCUUCCAACUAAGCCCUCCUAUGCAUGACAGACGGUAUCAUAUUAUAGUGACUGUUGAAGUGGAUCAUCAAUCAACUCGAGUCAUAGUACGGAGUCCAUUGCAGGUUAUUAAUGAUCUUCCUAUACCCGUCAACAUCUGCUUCAAGAAAAAUAUUAUGGAAGUUCUUGGUUCAUCUCUGAGCGAGAUCCAUUCUCGUGUGGUCUCUCCAAUCAAUCCAUUUGAAGCCCACAUACCUAUGGCUACAUUGCAGCCAGAUCAGAUUUACACCGUGCCUCUAUUGGUCGCAUACAAUUCACCAUUACACAUUCAACCUGCAGCAGCAGACUAUGGUGUUAGUGAGAUUGGUGUGUGGUGGAAGGAAGUCUUGUCUUCGACUCGGUCACAUCUACUUGUGUGUAAUUCAAAAAUGGAGAAUGAAUCAGAUAUCACUGCAGCUGUGACAAUGAAAGAGGGCGUGAAAUUAAGUAGUGGUCAGUGGGAAGGACUAGGUGGUGUGCUUCCAAAUUAUACUUUAUGCUUUUCCCCACCAUUGGCCAUUCAUAAUCAUCUUCCCUGUACUCUAGUUUUAACGCAUCCAGCCUUAGCACAGCCCUUGACCCUGGAUCCUGGAGGCUUUACUACCCUCUAUAAAGUUAAUUUGGACGUUAAAGUCUACUUGGAAAUCCAGGUCUGUAAUUACCUUGGUAGUGACUGGGAUGGCAAGUUGGAGAUUGGCCCUGAAAAGGGAGAUGACCAUCGCACACUGACAUUGAGCCAUGGAGAUGGAGACAAUAAGAAAAAGCUUGAACUGACCCUUUAUACUGUUCGGUCUGGCUCAGCCUCCAUUUAUGUAUACUCCCCAUAUUGGAUUGUGAACAAGACUGGUCUCCCUUUAAGUAUACGUGGAGCAAGAUCAAAGUAUAUCUGCGAUUUGAAUGGUUCUGAAGAGAUUGUGCUGUUCCGUUACAAAAGAAAUUAUCCUCAUAAGUUAAAGAUCCGGGCGUUGGACAGUGACUGGUCAAAACGAUGGAGCUGUGAAGCAGUUGGGAGCUGUGGUGUUGUAGUUUGUACAGACAAGAGGAGAGAAAAGAAGUAUAGACUUUUAGCAAGAGUGAAACAGUCAGCCCUUGCAGCACAAACACAGUGUGAAGGGAUACAAGGCUCUGGCUAUGGUAAACUUCAUCUGACAAAGAUAGUGAUCCUGAUGCCGUACUUUUUAGUGCGCAAUUUAACAGCAAGACCUCUCAAAUUUAUGCAAGAAAAUGAUAAGAUGGAACUCUGGUAUGAUAUUAAUCCUCUGCAGUGUAUACCAUUUUGGCCAGACAUGGAGGACAUGCAUAUGGUUGUACGUUACAGAGAUCAGCAGGUCCGAUCCCAGCAUUUCCAUUUUAAUUCCAUUCACUCAACUGUUUUACGAAUGGAAAAGGGUAGAGCGCUUGUAGUUCAUGUGUCUGGCGUAGGAUCGGAUGGUCCUGUAACUGUAACCUUUGACAAAUAUCAAGUUGGUGAUGCACCUGUCAGAAUUGAGAACUGGUGUGAAGAUGUCCACUUAAGAAUUCAUCAAAGGGGUUCUAAUCAGACCCAUCUUCUAGCACCAUAUCAAUCUCAGCUAUAUACUUGGGAUGAUCCAACAUUACCUCAUGAAUUGCUUUGGAAUAUCUAUAACAGAAAGAAUGAUGACAUCCUUGCUAUCAUCAAUAAGGAUGAUCAUGGUAGUAAGUGUGUAACGAUCACAUCCCUGAAACCUGGUAUGGUUCGGGCCAAGUCUCAGUCAAGCAUGGGAACCCCUAAGACACGACCAAAGAAGAUAGGCCAGAGACACAGAGCGAAGACAGUUGCAUCGUCAUCAUCAACAGAGUCUGAUGAGGAGCCAGAUGAUAAGGGGCAAAACAACCAGUAUCUGAAACCAAAUCAGUCAACGAAGACAAGAAGAGAAAAAAUACUGGUGCACUGGGUUAGUCAUAAACAAGGAGGACAGAGGAUACUGCUGUUCACUCAGUCAGAUCGUUUAGCUGCUACAACCCGUUUACCUACUGAACGUGCAACAUUUGAAUUGUGCCUCGCAGUUGAAAAAAUUGGUCUUUCUCUUGUUAAUCAGAAUCAUCAUGAAGUGGCAUAUCUAAGUCUCAUGCCUUCUGCUGCUAAAUGGGAGCUUGAAGUUGAUGGCAUCUGGAAAGUUCCUCCUAGUCUUGAACUCACAGCAUGGUUAGAGGACCAAUAUCUUCACAACAAUAACUCAAAGGUUAACCUCAAGGGAUCACUCCAGAUGAAAAAGAAAUCGAUAAAAGCUGAGGUUGACUUGGAGAAAAUGUACAUGACACGACCCUUUGGCUGUAGAAUGAGGCGAACAAAACGACCUGCUUUGUGGCUUCAUUACAGACAUUCACCUCACUUUGUAUAUGCCGCUGCAGAAUUACAUCGUAUUCAGCUUGACAACCAGCUCUCAGAUGCAGUUUUUCCAGCAGUAUUUUAUCCUUCCAAUGAAUUUGGAGCCAUCCACCCGUGCCUAUCAUCAUGUCUUUUACUUCAUUCGUCCAUGGGCCAGUUUACUACCAUAAAACAUUUAAGUGUUGUUGCCCAGGAAUUCUACUUGAAACUAGACAAGGGCUUCGUCUCCUCUAUAUAUGAUGCAUUAAAACCAGUCCUCCCAAGUCCUUGGUCGGGCACAAUCCACACAGAACUCAAGAAACUUAGGAUGCCCAUCACAUUCCAGGCAAUGAUGAACACAGAUAAGGAAGUAGAUGAAGGCCCUGAAGUUGAACGCAUAUGCAUCGCAGGUCUCCGAGUCAAGUUUUCCUUUUCCCCACGAGGAACUGUUCUCGGAAAUCACACAAGACAGAAUGAUGUAUUAGACUGGUUCUUAACAUCCCUAGGUGCAACGUUAACGGAGAUGAAAAACGUCUCGAUAAGUAUUGGCCAUUAUGAGAGGGAAUCCAUACCAUGGGAUAGAUUGAUGGUAGACUUCAUGGAUCAUGCUAAAUACCAGAUCAUCCAACAGAUUUAUGUAUUGGUGUUGGGGUUAGACAUUCUUGGUAAUCCCUAUCAGAGACUGCGAGACUUGUCACAAGGUGUUAAAGAUCUUAUUUAUCAGCCAGCAUUGGGCAUCAUUGAAGGACCUGAUGAAUUUGCUGAAGGAAUAGCUCGUGGUGCACAAAGCCUAAUGGGCCAUGUUGUUGGGGGUACAGCUGACAGCCUCAGUCUCAUAUCCUCUGCUAUUGGAAAUACAAUAGCCAGUCUUACUUUUGACCAGGAAUAUAAAAAGAAACGUCGGCAGAGAAUAGAAAUGCAAACAUCAGUUCCUAAAUCCCUUCUGUAUGCUGGUCAGACCUUUGUGAUAGGAGUUGUCUUGGGAAUUUCAGGAGUAGUUGUCAAACCUGUUGCAGGGAGUAGGCUACCAGGUGCACAACAGGAUGGAGUUGAAGGAUUCUUCAAAGGUCUGGGUCGGGGCAUAAUGGGCUUAAUCACGAAACCUGCGCUGGGAGUCAUUGACUCUGUUGCAAUGGCAUGCGAUGGCAUUAGACGUGCUGUUGAUUUAGGUCAUGAUGUAAUUGUGAGAUCAAGAGUACCUCGUCAUGUCUCACCAUUUAUUGCAAUGCGGCCUUACAACAGCCAUGAGGCUACUGGCUUGGCUCUGAUGGCAUCUCUGAGCCAUGGCCGAUAUAUGCAGACGGACUGGUACUUUGCGCAUGCGCCUUUGUCGGAAUCUGAUAGGCCUGAUAUCAUCCUCAUCUCAGAUAAGCAUAUCUUCAAGUUGGAACGAUGUAACAUGUGGGGUGGAUGGGAUAUUAGCUGGAAAGUAGCUGUGCGUAAUCUUCUGAGUCAGCCAACUCUGGAGGGGGACUGCAUUACAUUAGUUCUCAGACAAGAUGAGAGUCACAGUCAGCUGUCUGGGUCAGAACACCACAUCAAGAGUCAGGACAGCACCGCUCUCUCCUUCAUCGUUCAGUGCAUCGAGGUGCUGAUGACUCUUCACAUGGUUGACUUCCCUUGUCCAAGAACUCAGUGAAAGGUGGAAUGCUGGCAGUCUGUUCGAGUUUCAUUUUCAUAUUCAAGCUUUAAGUGACUUGAUGUUGGUUUGUAAAUGUUUGCAUGUCACUGAAUCCAAAGUAUUGUUUUAUGACAAAGUUAUUUUCUUACUAAAACUUGGUCAUUUAUGUUAUUGUGCCGUUUUGUGGUUGAAUAUAGAAAUAGUUUUGAUAUUUCACUCUAUGGGUAGCACUGCACUUUAUCCUCAUUUCUUCAGCCGUAUAUUAUUGUAAAUAUUGUCUAGGACAUUCUCUUCUAGUGUGCUCAAGUUGUGCAUUACCCAUGUUUGUUUGUGGUUGCUUUUAAAGCAGUGGGAAAUAAGAGACAAAAUAUUUUCUUAAAGAAUAUUCUUUUAUAUUAUGUUAGAUAUGGAAAACUAGUGAACUCUGAUAGCCAUUUGUUUCCUAUACAAAACUGCGCUGCGCAGAUGUGUUGAGUGUAAGACGUGAGGCAUUGGGUUUCCAUUUUUAAAGUACUUUUAACUGCGUAACCACACCCAGAGUAUUAUAUGUGCCCUUAUCUGUGUUUUUUCUCUCUGACUUGAAAGAUAUGCUUUUUUGAUGAAGGGUUACUUUUCAAGCUGGUUCACUUGGGUAAUGAGCAAUACAUUUAUCACAGAUAUAGCAAGUGAUUUUGUCAUAGAUUAAGUAAAAGCACAGGACCAAGUAGAGCAGAUGGGAUUAAUUAGUACUUGUGGUUCACUAAAUAUUCACAUACCAAUCACACAUGCCUCUGAAAACUCUCUUCCCUUCUUGUGUAUGCACAAACGGUUUUUAAAGAGUAACUGCAGUUUUUCUGUGAAAAGAUUUGAGUCUGGUUAUAUGAAUUUGAAACUGUAAAUAUUUAGGUUACUCGGGUAUUUCUUUUGUCUUAUUGUUGCAGUGUGAGUACAGCUCUGUAUGUAGAGGAUGAAAAGAUGCUCACAUCCUGCCUAUUUGGCUUUUUUCACGAGUAAUAGCAGUUAAAGAUACCGAAGAGCGUACUGUUUAUGUUACAUGUCACGUUUACAUGUGUUUAUAGGUUUCUUCUGGCUUUUUUGUAUCUUCUGUAUUAUGAGAGAAAUGGCGAGCUUAAGGAAUUCACGUGCCUUUAAAAGCUUGCUUCUCAAAUUACGUUACUAUAUUUAUAGAAAAGUUUUGAAAUGUUGCCACCUUCAUACUAGAUUUUCAUGUGGCCAAUCAGAAAUCAAUGUUAAUCAAUUAGUGAUUGGUUAUAGAUAAACAGCCGUUUUAUUUUGCUGGAGGCAGUAGUUUGUUAGUGCUAACAUAUGGUCUCUGGAUUUGUUUGUACUUUUUAUGGAGUUUGACGCCUCUCAUAUGUAGAAUGAGAUUAUCAACUCCAUGGAAUGGGAGCUAAAUACCAGUAAAUCAUGUUUUUUAAUGAUUAAUGGUAUGGAGUUCUUUAGACACUGUUGUUACAGUUUUCUCAGAAUACAGUAUCUAACUUCUUGCCAGCAUAUUUAGGCAGUGUCAUAAAUAGAAGUACUAGGAAACUGGAAGCCUAAUUCCUUGCUUUUAUUAAAAGCCUCAUACAUAAUAAAUAUUCCUUUAUAUCAGUGAGCUUUAUGUGCUAUGGUGCAAAAUAAAAGCAAAUGCUUAAAUCUGUUCUCCUUUUGUGUACUAACUUUAUUUAAAUUAAGGGUAAACCAUUUACCUAUGGCUGUUGCAAGAAAGAACAAUUCCUUCUACAAGACAUGAGUAUGCGCACGAACAUUAUCAGCAGCUGAUGUGCGUGUAUGUAACUCAGAAAUGUAUGCUUGCAUGAGCGUUCCAUUUAUUAGAAUAUGUACUAACAGGAACAAGUUUCAACAUGGGACAGCUUUGAUUCAGUCUUAUAAAGAAGAAAUUCUUAGUGAACGCUGACAGGGAAAGUAGACAGAUGUAUAGAAGGCAACAAAAUCUUCAAGAUCCUUAGAACAUGUUUUUGUCAUCACUUGACAAUGUAUAGGGACAGUACAGUAUUGAAAAGGCUGUUAAACUACCGAUGUUCAAUAUAAUAUGUGAGAUAAAGUGUUUGCAUCUUUUUAAGUGUUGUAUCAGUAUUUUUGAGUAAGAUUAUGGUUUAUAAAGGUAGGGUUUUGUAUCUAAUUAUAAUGUGCUGUUGUCAGUGCGUUAUCUCAGGCAAUGUGAGAUACAAGAAAAUUUUUAAAACAUACCCUCUAGUUAACUGGUAAUCAGAUAUCUGUUGCCAUUUUAUUAAUCAAUUGUAUCUAAUUCCUUGUUAGAAGAUGAAAAAGUAAGAUUUGAUGUUCUGCAGAUCAUUUGUUUGAAGUCCUUAUUGUUAGCUGAAGCCUUGAAGCUCACACUUUAAUUAUCUUAGGCUCGUGAUAAUGAUAGACACUUAAUAAGAAACUUUAGUAUUCAGAGAGUGGCAUUUUUUUAGACUCAGAUGGAUCUUCAUUUUUUUUUAGCUUUGCAAUAGAAGAAUAUACGUAUAAAGUAUAAAGUAUUGCGCACAUGGAAGUGUUUAUCUGAAAAUAUAUAUUCUUUGAUUGUCACUGAUCGUGAAAAACACCUUGAUGUAAACCACAACAAAUAUGCAUUGCCCCCUAUGCAUGAGUCGUUUUAUUUCACAUAAGAUAUGCUAAAUUAAUUUUUAAAUCCAUUUUUGCACAUAAUGCAGAGGCACUGUCACCUAGAAAUAAAGUGCAGUGGUACUGGUGCUUUUAAUUUUCUUAUAAUCAGAGUCAUUUUUCUUUCUCAACUGACUGAUGCUCCGCAGGGAACUGGAAAUUAAAUAAUGCCAACACAUUUUUUACAGCAGUGUUAUAAUUCACACAAUUUUUUUUAAUUGGUAUUAUAACAACAGCAUGUAUUCUACAUCUGGAUAAAUCACUGAAAAUAAAUUCACCGUUACAUAUUGUUCGCACAUCAAUGAGAUUUUUCAUGUAACUUCAUGAAAUGUAUACUACACACAAUCCUAUAGAAAUACAUAAAGGCUGCAACAGCUUCCAAAAUAAAAAAUCUUAGAUCUUACAUUUGGCAUUACUGUUAGUAUAUAGAUUUAUUGGGUGCUGCCAUCUUUCUGACAAACCGCAAAUACUUCAGAAGUAUUGUGUAGAAAUAAUGAAAUUGGCACCUAAUAGUUCUGGGCAUUUCUUUCUUAUGGCAUCCCAGAAACUUCUUGCCUCACUGUUGGAAAAUCUGAAAGCAGACAAGUGUUUUUAUAGAUGACCACAUAUGUUAAUGCUGUUCCUCCCUUGUAAAGUCAUGUCAUAAUGUGGUUUAUCUUAUGUGAUUCAGAACUCUGAUUGUACUGGAAGAAAUGGAGGAAUGAUAUUAUGAAUUAUGAAAAAAAAAAGGCCAAAACUUAGACAACUUCUUGUCGUGGACAGAAAUUUGAAUUACUAAAGCAUCUCAUAGAUCUAAUUCUUAUAUUCACUCCAACAGCACAACAUGAACAGAAAUGUUAGACGUGUAUCUCUAAAUGUAAAGCAUUGACGGAAUUGCCUUUCAUUUACUCAUAUAUUGUGAAAUUGCAUCGCUUGACCUUUUGAAACCACUAUCUUUGUAACAAACUUCAGAUACAAGGCAAGGCUAUUUAACUUAACAAUUGUGGCAGUAUUUAAUGUUUUUGUGUUUUACAUGGCAAAAUAAAACCUGAUGUCCCCAGAACUCUGGUACACUUGAUAGAAAUAGGCUUCAGCAGGCACAAAGCUUAAUUUAAGCAUAUAUGUAUAGUAGUAUAUGUUAAUGUUGUGUGGUACUACUACUAUCAGUUUUAGCAUUAUCUUCCACUGCUUGUGGCUCCAUUGUGUAACUUAAAGUAGUCAUAAAAAAUAAUGGUAUUGUUAAAACAUAUUUAUAAAACUUGAAGUUUUAACUUUGUCAUAACUGAUAAUCUUAAUUAAGUGAGAGCUUUUAAGUCGUUUAUGUAAUAACGGAAGGAAUGAGACUUUUCAACAUUAAAGUCAUGCUUAUUAAAAUGAGACUUUGAGUAAAAACAAAUACAAAACUCACUGGGUUAUGGACACCCACCUUUGUAUUGAGUAAUAAUAAAAUGAAACAUUUUACGUUAUGUGAUACAGGUAUUACUAAAUCAUUAAAAAGAUUGUUGUUCAUGGAUUUUGAAUUAUUGCAUAGUUGUUUGGGAAGUGCAUGAGUUCUAAAUACCAUGCCAAAAACUCCAGAUAAUCUAUUGGCGAAAUCUUAAGACAAAAAGACGAAGCAUAAUCAGAAAAUGUCACUUACCAUGGCCCUAUGAAGUUUAUUUUACAUAGCAGAUUGUAUCUGUUAAGAUUACAUUGAAGUGUGUGUAGAGGCGUUUGUAUAGCGUGUAGUAGUCAUUUGUUGAAUGUUAUUAAAACGUUUAAGGUGCAGUUCAGGUAUAGUUGUUUUGUGUUUGUCUAUUGCUUAUUCACAAAGGAUGUAGUGUAUAUACAGAAAAUACUGUGAAUGACAUAAUGCCUGAUGUUAAUGUCAUGUGAUAUGCUUACAUAAUUAUAUUUAGUAAAGAGAUCUUGGUUAUUUAUGUAUUGUGAUAGAAACAGCAUUACUUGCCUAAAAUCUGUAUCUACAUUUGUUAUAUGUGCCUAACUGGUAAUGCUGUUAUAAAUCAUUAAAAAUGAUCGCUUCAAGGAAUGAAAAGUGUUUCAUAUUUAUUUUUCAAAAAAUAUAAUAGAAAGUUUCCUUCUUUGGGCAAGUAUGUCUCCACAGCAGGGACAAAAUCCCAUCAAGAUUUAUCACAGAUUAAUGCAUAAUUGUGGCAGGUAACUCAAGAGGUUGAACACCACAUGCUGAGAUCCAAAGUAGACUUUGAAGAGUUCCAGUUUCUGUAAUGCAAUGUUGAAUCCAGAAACUGAAAAGUAGGUCACUGGGUUUGAAAACAUGACAUUCUGCAACAUUGUAUCAAUGAGACACUUGCAUCCAGAUUUGCCUUCUGGAGACCAAAAUCUCUAACAAAAAUCAAAUUUCCGAAGCUAGAAAUUAAUUUUACAUUUUCAUUCAUUCACAAUAAUAACUAUAAAACAGUCAAAAUUUUGCUUAGUGGAAUUUAGCAAGUUUGUUUAAUCUUUUCUUGAAUCCUGCAAAAGAUGCUUAAGAUUAAUGUUGAUGCUAACUUGUGAAAACACAAGAGCUUUUGAUUCAUCAAUAUUUUCUAAAUACAUGUGGGUAACAUAUAAUUCUCCAUGAUGAAGACAUUACAUUUAUGUGAAAAUGUAAAUAAAUCAUAUGCUAUUUUUGUAUAUCAUACCUUACAUCUAUGAAUCAGUAAUCUGAAAAGGAAAGUCCAGUCACGGGGUGUCCUUAGGUAUAAUACAUUCAAUUCCCCGUUCCUGUGCUUAAGCAUUCUUCUGUUUGUCUCAUUUCUUGCCACUCAGUAAGUCGAGGAUGGUAAUGAAAAGCAACUUGGGACUUUCAUCCAUCGUCAAUUCAACUGAAAUUGCAAAUUUAGUGGUAGGAAGGUCAGUUGUGGUUAUAAUUUGUUUGCAUUGGAAACGAUAAUAGUACCUCAGCAAUGGAUUGGUAAAAUUCUUUGGGGAUCUCAGUGCUCUAUACUUGAGAAUACUUCCAUGACUGGAUUUUGGUAAAGUCGUCUUACUUGUACCAAGUAACCUGGUGUAGUUUGGUAAGUGGUCUGAAAAUACAUAGAUGAUUGUAAACCAAGAAUGUUCUUGUCUCUUCAUCGGAUGUAAAGUAUCCAGCAUUAUUAUUAAAUUAUGUAAGUAAUA